CACCCUAGCAGCGGCGUCUAGGGGUCUGGACCUGGGUGCCACUGACUGACCGGCGGGCAUGGAGGCGUCGCGCUAUGGGCUUGGACUCCACGGAGACAGUGCCUUUGAAGAUGAGACCAUGAAGCUUCGACAGCUGAAACUGGACAAUCAGAGGGCACUGCUGGAGAAGAAGCAGAGAAAGAAGCGCCUGGAGCCCCUCAUGGUCCAGCCAAACCCCGAAGCCAGGCUCCGGCGGCUGAAGCCAAGAGGUAGCGAGGAGCACAGGCCUCUGGUGGAUCCUCAGACCCCACCCAGCGACGUCGUCCUCCAUGGCAUUGAUGGGCCAGCUGCCUUUCUGAAGCCAGAUACUCAAGAUUUGGAAAACAAACUGCAUGUUCUCUCAGUGGGCUCCUCUGCUACAGAAGAGGACACUGAAGGAAGUGUGGAUGGGGAAAGUGCUCCAGACACUGCUUCCAAGCCAGACCUUCGGGAGAUUCUCCAAAAACAUGGUAUCUCUGGUAGCUUGAACUUUGAUGAGGAGACGGAUGGUGAGGAUGAAGAAGGAAAAAAAUUACAUUCCCAAUCACCGUAUUCAAAAGCAGAGAGACCCAAUUCUGCAUCCACCCAGAAAUCAACCACGGAUGCAGGAGCUUCUGGUACUACAGCCCAACAGGUGGACAACCAGCUGGGAGAAGUGGACAAUUUAGAGGACUUUGCAUAUAGCCCCGCCCCUCGAGGGAUCACCGUAAAGUGCCGGGUAACCAGGGCCAAGAAGGGAAUGGAUCGGGGUCUCUUCCCCACCUACUAUAUGCACUUGGAAAAAGACGGGAACCAGAAGAUAUUUCUUCUUGCAGGAAGAAAGCGGAAAAAGAGCAAAACAUCCAACUACCUGAUCUCCACUGACCCAACAGAUUUAUCUCGGGAAGGGGACAGCUACAUUGGCAAACUCAGAUCCAACCUCAUGGGGACCAAGUUCACAGUGUAUGACCAUGGUGUCAGCCCAGUCAAGGCCCAGGGUCUGGUAGAAAAGGCCCACACCCGGCAGGAGCUGGCUGCAAUCUGCUAUGAAACAAAUGUGCUUGGAUUUAAAGGUCCUAGGAAGAUGUCUGUAAUUAUCCCAGGGAUGAAUCUGAAUCACGAACGGAUCCCAUUCCGGCCACGGAAUGACCACGAGAGCUUGCUUUCAAAAUGGCAAAACAAAACCAUGGAGAACUUGAUUGAGCUGCACAACAAGGCCCCUGUGUGGAACGAUGACACCCAGUCCUACGUCCUCAACUUCCAUGGCCGGGUCACUCAGGCAUCUGUGAAGAACUUUCAGAUAGUCCAUGGGAAUGACCCUGACUACAUAGUCAUGCAGUUUGGACGUGUGGCAGACGACGUGUUCACUCUGGACUACAACUACCCACUGUGUGCACUUCAGGCCUUCGCCAUCGGGCUUUCGAGCUUUGACAGUAAGCUGGCAUGUGAAUGAGGAAUGGCCGGAAGACCUGGGCCUUCUCGCUUCCACCCUCACCCUACCCCAGGACAUGGAGAACAACAGUCUGCCCCUUUUGGAAUGAUCGCCGAGUGGGUGUUCUGUGUGCAUGUGUGUGUGUGCACGCAUUCACACACAUAUGCACGCGUGGGUACACACACACACACACACACACACACACCUUCUCUGGGCUUCAGAGACCUGGUCAGUGAUCACAGCUCAGCAUGGACAAGAGACUGUUGAAAGCACAGAGAGGCUCUCAUCUAGGGCACAUCUGGGACUCCUGAGGUCACUGCCCAGCAGACGCUGCCUCAGGAGUGAAGUUUCCACGGGCUGGGGAGGGGCUCUGUGGUGAGAGUGCUGGCCUAGCACGCCACAGGUCCUGAGCACAAUCCCCAAUACUGUGGAGGGUGUGUGUGUGUGUGUGUGUGUGUGUGCAUCAGGUUCUAUGAUUAAAUACUUGGGUCACUUUUUUUGAAGACCUUUCAGAGAGGUCAGAGUGGGACUGUCCCCAAAAUUGUUUUUAGUCUUCAGGGCAGGAGGCUGCAAAUGUUUUACAGCAAUGGCCUGAUAGUCUCUCUCACUCAAUUCCUAUCUGCCUUGGUAGCACAAAAGCAGCCAUAACCAAUUCACACAGGAAUGAAUGUAGCUGAGUUCCAUAAAACUUUGUUGACAAAAGAGGCAGCAGGCCAGACUUGGCCUAUGAGCUCUCGUUUGCCCACCUCUGCUUCAAGUAUGUCCGUGUACUCUGAGCUUGAGCUCCUUCCAGAAUGGCCUGUGGUUGUGAAAUCACUAGCGAGGAUGGGACGCAGCAGCCCUGUGGAUUAAGAGGCAUUCAAACGACAGCCACUGUGGUGUAGCUUUACCUCCUUGUGACAGUGCUUCUGGAGUGUCAUCUACCGCUAGGACAGAGAAAACUCAAACUGUUCAUCUGGAGUCCCCACAGGUGAUGUCAUUCUGAGAGAGGGCAGCUCCUGCACUUGACCCACACAGUAAGAACAGAUGUGGACUUGUGCGUUCUCCUCUGAGGGAGUGUGGUGUUUACUUCUCUGAGCUGGCUGGCUCCCUUGGGCUGGGAAGGCUCCAACGCCACAGUCUACCUUCCCUGUCUUCCAGCACCAAUAUCAGUUAAAGUGGCUGCGGCCAGGGCUGGUGCAAUAGCUCAAGA